AUGUCAGCUAACCAGUACAGACCAGCUCGGUUGGCCACCGGCGGAACCAUUUCAUGGCCGUGGCGGCGCAAAUUAUCAAACCGGAAGCGGACAAUCGCCGCCGCUGCCGCCGCCGCCGGAAUAUCCCUUUUCCUUCUCAUUUUCUCACCAAUAUCGGUCUCGCGUAGAGCUGCGAAUGCGAACGCUGAUGCGAAUUCCGUCGUUGACUCGGAGUGGAUACCGUUCACGCCUUUAUCCAAGGCGAAGGAAAAUUCCGCGUUUUGUUUAGAUGGGAGUGUGCCUGGCUAUCAUGUGAGGAGGGGAUUUGGAUCUGGCUCUGAUAACUGGCUUCUUCACGUUGAGGGCGGAGGCUGGUGCAGUACAUUAUCAUCUUGUUAUGCUCGGGAGAGAACGAAAUUGGGUUCGUCAACCUACAUGGAACAUCAAGUCCAGUUUUUAGGAAUUUUGAGCCAUGACCCUCUUCAGAAUCCUGAUUUUUUCAACUGGAACAAGGUGAAAAUCCGUUAUUGUGAUGGAUCCUCAUUUUCUAGUCACCCUGAGUCUGAGUAUAAAAAUGGAACAAAGAUUUUCUUCAGAGGACAGCUUACCUGGGACACACUUAUGGAAGAGCUCCUGUCCAUUGGAAUGUCUAAAGCUCAAGAGGCCCUUCUUACAGGAUGCUCUGCUGGUGGUUUGGCCACUCUCAUACACUGUGAUAGUUUUCGGGAUCUUCUGCCAAAAGAUGCAAAUGUCAAGUGUCUUGCUGAUGCAGGUUUUUUUCUUAAUGAGCAAGAUAUUGCUGGAAAUCGUACCAUAGAAUCCUUUUAUCAUGAUGUUGUGCAUCUCCAGAGUGUUGCUAAAAGUUUGAAUCAUGAUUGUGUUGCCAGAUCCGAACCUUCGAAGUGUUUCUUCCCUCAAGAAUUUAUUAGAAAUAUAAAGACUCCUCUCUUCCUAGUUCAACCAGCAUAUGAUUUUUGGCAGAUAGCAAAUAUUUUGGUGCCUCAUUCAUCAGAUCCCAAUGGCAGCUGGCUCAGGUGCAAACUGAAUAUUUUUAAUUGUGAUCCCAAACAGCUAGAAGUUCUCCACGGUUACAGAAAAUCAUUGCUCAAGACAAUCAAUGAAAUUCGGCAAACACUAAAAGUGGGUGUAUUUAUCAAUUCCUGUUUCGCCCAUUGCCAGACGUGGGCAGCCGAGACGUGGCAUUCUCCCACUUCUCCCAGAAUCAACAACAGAACAGUUGCAGAAACAGUCGGCUAUUGGUACUUCAAUCGAGGAGCAGCCGAGCUAGUCGAUUGCCCUUUCCCCUGUAAUCCCACUUGCUACCAUAGAGAUCUCACUAUUGGGUGA